GGGUCAGAGAUUGGAUCGUCUGGCUCGACAGUGGCAUCGGGUCACCAGGCAUCAGCAGGCACCGGGUCAUCUGGCGCUGGAUCGUCUGGCUCGACAGCGGGCAUCGGGUCACCAGGCAUGACAGCGAGCACUGGGUCAUCAGGCAUUGGAUCGUCUGGCUCGACAGCGGGCAUCGGGUCAUCAGGCAUGACAGCAGGCACUGGGUCAUCAGGUACCGGGUUGUCUGGAUCGACAGCGGGCACCGGGUCAUCUGGUGCUGGAUCGUCUGGCUCGACAGCGGGCAUCGGGUCACCAGGGCAUGACAGCGGGCACUGGGUCAUCAGGCAUUGGAUCGACUGGCUCUACAGCGGACAUCGGGUCACCAGGCAUGACAGCGGGCACUGGGUCAUCAGGCAUUGGAUCGUCUGGCUCGACAGCGGGGCAUCGGGUCACCAGGUAUGACAGCGGGCACUGGGUCAUCAGGCGUGAUAGGAUCAUCAGGCUGGAUCAGUUCAUCAGGCUGGGUACAGACAUCAGGCUGGGUAGAGACAUCAGGCUGAAGUGCGGGUGCCGAGGCACCAGGC